ACUUCCUACUUUACUACAGCACUGAAAGAGGCUGGUAGGAGAGCUGAGCCUCCCCCAGCCCUUCCCUUCCCUCCACACUUCUGCUGGCUCAAGAAGGUACAGCAACCCUGCCGGGGUGUCUCCAGCCGGCAGGAUGGAGGACGAGGAAGGCCCUGAGUACGGCAAACCUGACUUUGUGCUUUUGGAUCAAGUAACCAUGGAGGACUUCAUGAGGAACCUACAGCUCAGGUUCGAGAAGGACCGCAUCUACACCUACAUCGGCGAGGUGCUGGUGUCUGUGAACCCCUACCAAGAGCUGCCCCUGUACGGGCCCGAGGCCAUCGCCAGGUACCAGGGCCGUGAGCUCUAUGAGCGGCCGCCCCACCUCUAUGCAGUGGCCAAUGCCGCUUACAGGGCAAUGAAGCGCCGGUCCAGGGAUACCUGCAUUGUCAUCUCAGGGGAGAGUGGAGCAGGGAAGACAGAAGCCAGUAAACAUAUCAUGCAAUACAUCGCUGCUGUCACCAACCCCAGUCAGAGGGCUGAGGUGGAGAGGGUCAAGGAUGUGCUGCUCAAGUCCACCUGCGUGCUGGAAGCCUUCGGCAACGCACGCACCAACCGCAACUACAACUCCAGCCGCUUCGGCAAGUACAUGGACAUCAACUUCGACUUCAAGGGGGACCCGGUCGGGGGACACAUCCACAGCUACCUGCUGGAGAAGUCUCGGGUCCUCAAGCAGCAUGUGGGUGAAAGAAACUUCCAUGCCUUCUACCAGUUGCUGAAGGGCAGUGAGGAAGGCUUACUGCACAAGCUGCAUUUGGAGAGAAACCCUGCUGUGUAUAACUUCACGCGCCAGGGAGCUGGACUCAACAUGACUGCCUCGGACAGUGACGAAAGGAGCUACCGAGCAGUAAUCGAGGCCAUGAAGGUCAUCGGCUUCAGUUCUGAGGAGGUGGAGUCCGUGCAUCGCAUUCUGGCUGCCAUAUUGCACCUGGGAAACAUCGAGUUCGUGGAGACCGAGGAGAAUGGGCUGCAGAAGGGGGACCUGGUGGUGGCCGAGAAAGUACUGGUGGACCAUGUGGCUGAGCUGACAGCCACACCUCGGGACCUCGUGUCCCGCUCCCUGCUGGCUCGAACUGUGGCCUCAGGAGGCAGGGAGCUCAUAGAGAAGGGCCACACUGUAGCGGAGGCCAGCUACGCCCGGGACGCCUGUGCCAAGGCAGUAUACCAGCGACUGUUUGAGUGGGUGGUGGACAGAAUCAACAGCGUCAUGGAACCCCGGGGCCGGGACCCGCGACGUGAUGGCAAAGACACGGUCAUCGGUGUGCUGGACAUUUAUGGCUUCGAGGUGUUCCCUGUUAACAGCUUCGAGCAGUUCUGCAUCAACUACUGCAACGAGAAGCUACAGCAGCUCUUCAUUCAACUCAUCCUGAAGCAGGAGCAGGAGGAAUAUGAGCGCGAGGGCAUCACCUGGCAGACCGUCGAGUACUUCAACAAUGCCACCAUCGUGGACCUGGUGGAGCGCCCCCACCGUGGCAUCCUGGCUGUGCUGGAUGAGGCCUGUAGCACCGCAGGAACCAUCACCGACCGCAUCUUCCUGCAGACCCUAGACACGCAUCACCGGCACCACCCACACUACUCCAGCCGCCAGCUCUGCCCCACAGACAAGACCAUGGAGUUUGGCCGAGACUUCCGGAUCAAGCACUAUGCAGGAGAUGUCACAUACUCUGUGGAGGGCUUCAUCGACAAGAACAGAGACUUCCUCUUCCAGGACUUCAAGCGACUACUGUACAACAGCACGGACUCCACCCUGCGGGCCAUGUGGCCGGACGGGCAGCAGAACAUCACAGAGGUGACCAAGCGCCCCCUGACGGCUGGCACGCUCUUCAAGAACUCCAUGGUGGCCCUGGUGGAGAACCUGGCCUGCAAGGAGCCCUUCUACGUCCGCUGCAUUAAACCCAAUGAGGACAAGGUGGCCGGGAGGCUGGACGAGGACCACUGUCGCCACCAGGUCGCAUACCUGGGGCUGUUGGAGAAUGUGAGGGUCCGCAGGGCUGGCUUCGCUUCCCGCCAGCCCUACCCUCGAUUCCUGCUCAGGUACAAGAUGACCUGUGAGUACACAUGGCCCAACCACCUGCUGGGCUCCGACAAGGCGGCCGUGAAUGCUCUCCUGGAGCAGCACGGGCUGCAGGGGGAUGUGGCCUUUGGCCACAGCAAGCUGUUCAUCCGCUCGCCCCGGACACUGGUCAUGCUGGAGCAGAGCCGAGCCCGCCUCAUCCCCAUCAUUGUGCUGCUGCUGCAGAAGGCGUGGCGGGGGACGUUGGCAAGGCGGCGCUGCAAGCGGCUGAGGGCCAUCUACACCAUCAUGCGCUGGUUCCGGAGGCACAAGGUGCGGGCUCACUUGGUGGAGCUGCAGCGGCGAUUCCAGGCGGCGAGACAGCCCCCACUCUAUGGGCGUGACCUCGUGUGGCCACCGCCCCCUGCCGUGCUGCAGCCCUUCCAGGACACCUGCCACGUGCUCUUCUGCAGGUGGCGGGCCCGGCAACUCGUUAAGAACAUCCCCCCUUCAGACAUGGCCCAGAUCAAGGCCAAGGUGGCUGCCAUGGGGGCCCUGCAGGGGCUUCGUCAGGACUGGGGCUGCCAGCGGGCCUGGGCCAGAGACUACUUGUCCUCUGCCACUGACAAUCCCACAGCCUCGGGCCUGUUUGCUCAGCGACUGAAGACACUCCGGGACAAGGAUGGCUUUGGGACUGUCCUUUUUUCUAGCCAUGUCCGCAAGGUGAACCGCUUUCACAAGAGGCGGAACAGGGCCCUGCUGCUCACCGACCGACAUCUCUACAAGCUGGAUCCUGACCGGCAGUACCGGGUGAUGCGGGCCGUACCCCUCGAUUCGGCGCAAGAGAAGCCCGAACAGCUCCUUGCCAUGGAGCCACAGUAG